AUGCCUCGACCAACCCUCCGAACCGAGAUCUGCGAGCUCCUCGACAUCGAAUACCCCAUCAUCCUCGCCGGCAUGGCGCGCACCUCCUCCGGCCCUCUCGCCGCCGCAGUUUCCAACGCCGGCGGUCUCGGCGUGAUCGGUGGCCUGGGCUACACGCCCACGCAGAUGCGCGAGAUCAUCCACGAAAUCAAGCAGAACCUUCGCGACCCGAAACUUCCCUUCGGAGUAGAUCUCGCGUUGCCACAGGUCGGCGGAUCAGCGCGCAAGACCAACCAUGACUACACCCACGGCCAGCUGGAUGAGUUGAUCUCGGUGGUGAUUGAGGAGGGUGCGAAGUUGUUCGUUUCGGCGGUGGGGAUUCCGCCAGCGCAUGUCAUCAAGAGGCUCCAUGAGGCGGGGAUUCUGGUCAUGAACAUGGUGGGACACCCGAAGCAUGCGCACAAGGCGUUCAAGGCGGGUGUCGAUAUUGUCUGUGCGCAGGGUGGUGAGGGUGGUGGACACACUGGUGAUAUCGCCACGAGCAUUCUCAUUCCCGAGUGUGUGGAUGUUGCACAGCAGUACAAGAGCCCGUUGACGGGAAAGCCUGGAAUGGUGGUCGCCGCGGGUGGUAUUUACAACGGACGGUCGUUGGCGGCGAUGCUGUCGUUCGGUGCGGUUGGCGCCUGGGUCGGAACACGAUUCGUCGCUGCCGAAGAGGCCGGGUGCUCGAAGCUGCACAAGGAGGCGGUCGUCGCCGCGACCUUCGAAGAGACUCAGCGGACGCUUGUUAUCUCGGGUAGACCGCUGCGAGUCAGGGUCAACGACUACAUCAAGGAAUGGGAGAAGAGGCCUGAAGAGAUCAAGAGGCUCUGUGACCAAGGAAUCGUGCCAAUGCAGCACGAUAUGGAUGAGGACCGUGAGGUUGACUUUCCCUACUUGAUGGGUCAGGUCGCUGGUGUCAUCAAGGACAUCAAGCCUGCUGGACAGAUCGUCCAAGAGAUGGUUCAGGAGUGCAUUGACUCGCUCCGUCACCAGCAGACUUAUCUGGAGGCAGGCAGGAGUAGCAAGCUCUGA